ACGAUGGGAUUUCUCGUGCCUAAGGGAAACCUCCUCCUCCUGCUGUGUGCCUGCAUUUUCCCCGCCUUUGGGCAGGUGGAGACCCGAGCCCACGCGGAGGAGCGGCUCCUGAAGAAACUCUUCUCUGGUUAUAACAAGUGGUCCCGUCCCGUGGCCAACAUCUCGGACGUGGUCCUCGUCCGCUUCGGCCUGUCCAUCGCCCAGCUCAUCGAUGUUGAUGAGAAAAAUCAAAUGAUGACCACGAAUGUGUGGGUGAAGCAGGAGUGGCACGACUACAAGCUGCGCUGGGACCCCCAGGAAUAUGAAAAUGUCACAUCCAUCCGAAUCCCCUCAGAGCUCAUCUGGAGGCCAGACAUUGUCCUUUACAACAAUGCUGAUGGUGACUUUGCAGUCACCCACCUGACCAAAGCUCACCUCUUCUAUGACGGGAGAAUUAAAUGGAUGCCCCCUGCUAUCUAUAAAAGCUCUUGCAGCAUCGACGUCACCUUCUUCCCCUUUGACCAGCAAAACUGCACGAUGAAGUUUGGCUCCUGGACCUAUGACAAAGCCAAGAUAGAUUUGGUGAGCAUGCACAGUCAUGUGGACCAGCUGGACUACUGGGAAAGUGGGGAGUGGGUCAUCAUCAACGCUGUGGGCAAUUACAACAGCAAGAAAUACGAGUGCUGCACAGAGAUCUACCCUGACAUAACUUACUCCUUCAUUAUCCGGAGGCUGCCUCUGUUCUACACCAUCAACCUGAUCAUCCCCUGCCUGCUCAUCUCCUGCCUGACCGUCCUGGUCUUCUACCUGCCCUCUGAGUGUGGAGAGAAGAUAACCCUGUGCAUCUCGGUGCUGCUGUCCCUCACUGUGUUCCUGCUGCUCAUCACAGAGAUCAUCCCAUCCACCUCCUUGGUCAUCCCUCUGAUUGGGGAGUACCUGUUGUUCACCAUGAUAUUUGUCACCUUGUCUAUCAUCAUCACUGUCUUCGUGCUCAACGUGCACCACCGCUCCCCUCGCACUCACACCAUGCCAGACUGGGUGAGGAGGGUUUUCCUGGACGUGGUCCCACGGAUCCUUUUCAUGAAACGUCCCUCCACAGUGAAGGACAACUGCAAGAAGCUCAUCGAGUCCAUGCACAAAAUAACCAACGCGCCCAGGCUCUGGUCCGAGAUGGACGUGGAGCCCAACUUCACUACCUCAUCCUCGCCCAGCCCCCAGAGCAAUGAGCCAUCACCCAGCUCCUCCUUCUGUGCCCACCUGGAGGAGCCAGCCAAGCCCCAGCCCAUCUGCAAGUCCCCCUCUGGGCAGUACUCAGUGCUGCACCCAGAGCCCGUACAGGUGACCUGCUCCUCUCCACAGCCCUCCUGCCACCCCCUGAGCGACACCCAGGCCACCUCUGUCUUGAAAGGCAGGUCACUGAGUGUCCAGCAGAUGUACAGCCCCGGCAAGGCAGAGGAGGGGGCGAUCCGCUGCAGGUCCCGGAGCAUCCAGUACUGCUACCUGCAGGAGGACUCUUCCCAGACCAAUGGCCACUCCAGUGGCUCCCCAGCGUCCCAGCGGGGCCACCUCAACAGGGAGCAGCCCCAGCACAAGCCCCCUCAGUGCAAGUGCAAGUGCAAAAAGGGUGAGGCGGCCAGCACAGCAGCCCAGGGGAGCAAGAGCCACGGAGCCAAAGAGCAGCACCUCGUGCUGAUGUCCCCAGCCCUGAAGCUGGCAGUGGAAGGGGUUCACUACAUCGCAGACCACCUGCGGGCCGAGGAUGCAGAUUUCUCAGUGAAGGAAGACUGGAAGUACGUUGCAAUGGUCAUCGACAGGAUCUUCCUCUGGAUGUUCAUCAUUGUGUGCUUGCUGGGAACUGUUGGGCUCUUUCUCCCACCGUGGCUGGCAGGAAUGAUAUAA